UGUUUUGUCUUUUUAUUAAAACCACAAAUUCCUUCUCUCCAAAUCAUCUUCAACUUGCUAAACUUUCAGAAAAGUCUUCUUCGGUAUUUUUUGGAAAAUGAUAAAAAUACUAACUCUUGAUCAGUCUGUUUUGAUCAGAUGCAACUGACCGGUUCAGACACUUCCAAGAUUUGGGAGGGGUUCUGGGAUCUGGAGAAGUCAUGAUUCUGUAGAGAUCCUUUAGAGAAGAAAGUCGGUUCCUUUAGAGUAGUUGUGGAAGGAGGGCCCCAAACUCCCUGGCUGUCUGGGAUCCGUUUGAAUUGUGUGUAUUCUAUGAUGGAAUCUGAGGUUUUGGUUUGGUGUUUUUUUUCUUUAAUUCCUGUGGAGACAACUCCAUUCCAGCAUUGUUUUAAUACAGGGGAAUUUUUCAGGUCAGGCCUAAUUCCCUUGUGCUGUUCUAUAAGGCAGUAUGGACAGUGUCCCCCACUGCUCAUGUUGCAGUUUCCGCAGUGUUGAACAUACUGUGCCAAUGGGGAAUUUAAAAGUGGUGCUAAAUGGUUUGGAAGACUUUUUCCUGGAAGUUGGGGGUUUAAGCUAUUAGCGCUUGCUCCUCCUAAAUAUCAUGCAUGUAGUGUACUAUCCUCUAGUCCAGCUGUCAACCCUUUUCCUGAUUUCUUUUUUUUUGUUGUUGCUUUUUGGGGGGUGGAGCAGGAGGAAGGGAGAAGUGGUUUUCUUAACAUUCAUUCAACAGAGCAAUGUAAAAGUCUUAUUAUCCUGGCUUCUUAGGGUCAUAAACAUCGAACGACAUCGGUAGCUUUUAAGGGGUCUGCAACUGUGGACUUGGAUAAAUUUAUUAAUCAUGAACUUGAGUCAGUUGGCUAAUUUCCGUCAAUAUUGAUUUUACAAGAUCUUUGUAGCAUGGAAUAAUUGAAGAAUAAUUCUUAGCUGCAAUCUUUCAGGCUUUAGGUUUUGUUGGCCUGUGACUAGAGAAGACUUGGAAGAACAGAAGCCAAGUGGGUCAACCCUGGAUUGCUUAGCCAAAGGGUUAAAUAGAAAACUAUUCAUUCCUUACUCAAAUUGCUUUGACUCCAAUCCUACAAGGAAGUAAAAGUCAGAGCAGCCUUGUGAAGCUAAUGUUUCUGGCACCGCAGCAAGGAUGUUGGUGUUUCAUUUGUCGGUGAUGAUCAAGCUUUUCUUCCAGUUGGAUGCAACUAUUUGUCCUGAGAAAUGCAACUGCCCUUCAAAAAAUGCAAUUCAUUGCUCUGGUCCCCACAUAAAAGACCUGGAAUCGUUAAAUCUGCCUUGCAACGUGACAGAAAUUCACAUAACGGACACUAAUGUAACAUACUUGCAGGACGUGUUUUCUAGGAUGGUGGAACUGCAGCAUCUCAUCUUGUCUUCAAACAACAUCUCUCUGAUUUCACCGAUGGCUUUUAAAGGCUUGGGAAGGCUAAAAGCCCUGAAGUUGCUGGAUAAUAAGCUGGUGGAACUUCCUGCAGAAGUGUUUGAUGACAUGGUACAGCUUCAGCAAUUAAUCAUUGAAAACAACAGGUUGAAAUCCAUCAAAGAAAAUGCGUUUGGCAAACUAGCUAGUUUGGAGGAGCUUUUUUUGAACAAAAACCAACUAACAGCACUUCCUAGUGGCGUGCUGAAGAAACUUGCCAAACUCAAAGUACUGAACUUGUCAAGAAACUGUUUGGCAGCACUGCCUAGAAAUAUAUUUAGUGCAUUAACCAGGCUUGAGAAGCUGAUGCUGUAUUUUAACAGGCUGUCUUCAAUAGAGUCUGGUAUGUUUGAUAGCCUGAAGGAGCUGUUGGAACUCUUCCUGCAUUCUAAUAACAUCCAGUCCAUCGCCCAUGAUGCAUUUCAUAGUCUUCAUAAACUGAGAAGCCUAACGCUCUCCAGAAACAAGCUUGAAGUUUUGCCUACUGGGCUCUUUCUGCACUUGCAUGGCCUGUCUAAAUUGACCUUGUACAGCAACCCGCUGAAGUCUCUUCCAGAAGUAUUAUUUGGAGAAAUGAGGCAUCUUGGUAGCCUGUGGCUGUAUCACACAAAGCUCUCAACAAUACCAGAUUUUGUGUUCAGUAACUUGACAAAUUUAGAGCUUCUUGUGCUGAGUUUUAAUCCGGAGCUUAGUGUUCUUCCUAAGAAUGUAUUCAGUGGUCUGAAUGAACUGCGGGGCCUUUCUCUGCAUACAAAUAAUAUUUCCAGUCUGCCAGAGGGCAUCUUCCAGAGCCUUCAGAAACUACAGAACAUUUCCCUUUUUCAGUCGAGGCUUGAGGCUCUUCCUAGAAACCUCUUUCAUAAUCUCAAGCACCUUCAGAAGGUUUACCUCAAUAGUACUAAGCUGCAGUCUCUUCCUGGAGAUUUCUUUACUGCUUUACCUGAGCUGCAAGAAGUCUUCCUUGACAACAACCCGUGGAAAUGCGAUUGCCAAAUUCUUGGCUUCCAGGAGUGGCUCCAGAAGAGCAUGGAGAUAGUUAAAAAUGUGCAAUCUCUAAUGUGUGACAGCCCACUGGCACUACAGAAUAUUUCUCUGGUGGCUCUAGCUGAUCAUCACCUGACAUGCCUGCCAACCACAGCCAUUACAUACCAGACAUUCCGCUCAACCUAUUCCCAGGCUUCAACUUCUCUUGUGAUGGAGCGCUUGACAUCAUCUUGGGAGACUACUGUAGCAGUGGUGUCCGACCUGGAUGCCAGCACACCCACAGCAAUUCCUCUUGCAACUCCAGGUUUUACCUACUCACAUGUUCAAGACAUUGGACAACCUAGGUUUCGUUUCUCAGAUGGUCCAACUCAAGCUUCUCCCAGCGUCAUAGGAGAAACCAAUGGUGUCAGAGGAACAGAUUUAACUACUCUUGCCUGGUGGGAUGAGCUGCCAGCCCGCAGGAGUGCUAAGCCCUAUUUUAAUACCAGAAUUCCUUAUUGUCAGCUAUUCUUGUGCCUUCACACUUUGAUUUUAGCACUCCAGAGCGUAACCAUUGUGCUCGGUCUGUAUGUGAUGGGUAUAACCAGGCAGCUCUUGCAUACCAGAAAUACUCCUGCUCAGCCUGUAGUUCUGAUAAAAUUUUUAAGAUCAUCAAGAAUCCCAGCCAAAGAGGGGAUUGGCAGCACUGGUUUGGAUGCAUUUUGAGUGUUUGGGCAGUUCACACUUGAUUCAAAUAUGGAUUACAAAUCUUUGUAGUAAGAACCAUAAAGACCUUGUUUUUGCAGCAUAAUGAAAAUGCUCUUUUAAUGUGCCUUGCAGUGUUUGCCAGAAGCGAUUGUAAACGUACGUUGCUACAGCACGCGGUGCAUGAACCCAGAGGGAGAGCUGAAAGGAAAUCUGGUCACCUCUGCGUGUGUGCUGCUAGCGUCCUGCUUUGGAGUGCAGCCCUGCCCCUGCUGGACACCACUGCCUGCUGCGUGCUGGCGCCGCUCCGGUGGGAGCGGCAUCAAUGGAGGGAAGUCUAUGUAGGAACACAGCUUUAACUGUGCUUUAAAGGUUGCCUGUAGUACUCCAAAUGCUAUUACGCAUUAUACUGCCUGCAGUGUUUUGUCUCCUUAUUGAGAGAAGAAAUAGUGUUUUGGGGAGGGGCUGCUGGAAAAGACCUUUUAAAAAUGGAGAUGGGAGCAGAAUGAUAUGGUGCAGAUGUCUUAGUUUUUGCAUUCUGUCCUCAGCCCCUUUCCAGGACAUGGCAGGAGGAAGGGGUACCAUUUAAAGCUAACGGUGCUUUCCUCUAGCUUACCCAGAGAAAGAUAAGAAAGAUGCUGGGCUAGGAAGUAUAAUCUUGAUGUAUUUUGUUGUUUGCUUGUUUUUUGGAAACUUUAUAAUGUUACUACAAAUCUGAAUUUUAAGUAAAUGCUUUCAUCCUUAAA